AUGUCGGCUGCGAGGUCAAACAGGACUCUUUCUUGGCCAACAUCUCCAGCUCACGCUAGUUUUUUAAGCCUCUUGAUCGAUCUGUACUGCAUCGGCUCGGUGAAUGCAGGCUUUCUGGCUUAUCUACAGAUCAACUUUCCAGCCACAGAGCGGGUAGAUGGCCAGCUGGACAAAAUAAAGAUAAGAGAAGAUGGCUGGCAGAAUUUGCGACUUCUGCAGGAACACUGCACCAACUUGCAAACAUUGGAAACCGUCGUUUAUGGUCCGAACUGCGUUCUUGUCACAGACAACGAGAUCAAUAUCUCCAACCCCCAAAACAACGGAGUUUAUGAAACAGCUUGGUUGGAUUGUCUUGCCGCGCAACGGGUAGAUCAACGGUAG